AUGAACUCAACAGUCUGGAUUGUGGAUAGUUAUGAAGAAGCUCUUGUCAAAAACAUUGUUAUUGUUUCUCUUGGUCUUAUCAUUAAUUUCAUUAAUGGAAUGCUGGUACUGACUUUCUUCUCCAAUCCAAUGUUUUCAAGAGACUCCAGAUACAUUUUAUACAUUCACCUGGUAAUCAAUGAUAUGCUCAUGAUAUGCAUAUCAGUGACUUUGUAUGUGUUAACCUACGUUUCACCACUUGUGAAUGCUUCACUGUGUUGCGUUUUAGUUGUUCUUGGUUCAACCACUUUUAUGAUCACUCCAUUGAAUCUGGCUGGUAUGGCAGUAGAGCGUUUCAUUGCUAUCUGUAAACCACUGCAUCACGCUCAGAUCUGCACACCACAAAGAACCCACAUCUUUAUAUGUUUGCUGUGGGUUAUGGGAGCUAUAGGUUCUAUAGCAGAUAUCAUUAUUUCUAUUUUAACCCAACCCUUAUCUUUCUAUAGAUCCUUAAUACCUUGCUACCCAAAUUAUGCGUUUCCUUCCAAAGCCCACAAGGAUCGCACCACUGCUUCACAAGUCAUCUGUAUGUCAUUGGUGUGGAUAAUUCUAAUCUAUACUUAUUGCAGAGUCCUGUUCACUGCCAGAAAGGCAGUUUCAAAGGGUUCGGCAAAUAAGGCUCAGGGUACAAUAUUGUUGCAUGGUGUCCAGUUACUUCUUUGUAUGCUUUCUUAUAUCACUCCUUUUCUGUUUACAAUAACUACCCCUUUCUUCCGUCUUCACCAAACUAAGAUCACUUUCUGUGUUUAUCUUUUUACAAAUAUUUUGCCAAGAUUACUAAGUCCUUUGAUAUAUGGGGUCCGAGACCAGAAGUUUGUGAAACAAAUGAAGGAAUACUUUACUUUUAACAUUAUUAUUGUAAAGAUAGUGCCAUCAAAAUAA